UCAGCGUCUAAGAUUUGGACACUCAGAUAUACAAAUGCAUAAAUAUAUACUCAUAUGGAUAAAUAAACCCAGUUAUUACAGUCUUGAAUUCUUGAAAAUUAAUGGCACUUCUCUAUCGAAUACCCUUGAGUCUCUUAUCUUUGAACACCCUUCAUGAUUAUCCCACCACAAAUCCAACUUGUAAUUCUUUCAAAUUCGCACAACCCAUCAGUUAUUACUCAAAUUUAAGACCAAAGAUCACGUCUUUUUGCCAAAAUAAGCUCAAAAAUGGGGUCUUGAAAUAUGAAAAUUUGAGUUUCUUGGGAGAUAAAGCUGGGAUUUUGAAGGGUGGAGCUAGUAAUAAGAAAAAAAGAGUGGUCUUGGUGAGAUCAAAUGGAGGGCCAGGAUUUAAUGGAGGAGGGUUUAAGGUUGAUAGCAGGAUUUUGGGUAAUAUUGCUUUAGCUGUUGGCUUGACUUAUCUUUCUGCUACUGGACAGCUUGGUUGGAUAUUGGAUACAAUUCUCUCUGUUUCGCUUCUUGUUGUGAUUAUACCAGUUGUUGGAAUAGGAGCUUUUAUCUGGUGGGCUGGAAGGGAUGUAGUCCAAGACACUUGCCCAAAUUGUAAAAGUGAAUUCCAAACUUUCAAGUCUAUGCUAGGUGAAGAUGCACAGCUCUGCCCCUACUGUGGUCAACCUUUCUCUGUGGUUGGUAACAAGUUUGUACAGGAUCCUGUUAACUUUUCAAGUCAGUCUACACCAUUUGAUCAAACAUAUGAUGACUUUUCUCCUCGUUCGACAAAAGGAAAGGGUUCCAAAGCAAUUGUAGAUAUUGAAGCGGAAGUAGUAGAUGCAGACUGAGUAACCUUCCAGCUGCAACGAUAUGGAUAUGGCAUUUCCGGUCUGUUCUCAAGUGUUGUAACUUGUAUAUUACUGACUCAACGAGAUAUAUUGAUAUUGAAAGAUGAAGUCAAUUGUGAGCAGGACACUGUCGUGCUCUGACCAGGCUUGCAAUACUGGAGGCAUUGAGUCAGGAAGCGGAGCCUGCAAAGUUUGUCACCAUCCAAUACUGUAUUGUUCAGGACAAAGAUGUUAUAUAUGUCGGUGCAAACCCUAGAUGGGUUUAUGCUUUGGCGGCAUAGUUUUGCUGUAAUAGUAAUGUUGUCCUUUUUAACAUAGUGAUGUAAUAAUUUAUGUGAGUAAAGAUUUGUUCUAUAAACAUUAUAUAUUUAUAUUAUUUGCUUCACAGCAUAAUUUUAUAA